GUCUGCGGUUCACAUCCGGGUGGUGGUAGGUGACCCUGAGUCUGCGGACUGCAGCCGCCAUGGGGGCUCACCUGGUGCGGCGGUACCUGACGGAGCCGGAUGUGGAGCCCGAUCCCAAAUCCCUACCCAGCUUCCCGCCCGAGCUCGGCUUCCCCGAGCGCAAAAAGCGCGAGAUGAUUGCAACCCAAGAAGAAAUGAAUGCCGCCCAGCUGCCCCUGAACCAGCGCGAUUACUGUGCCCACUACCUCAUCAAGUUUCUGAAGUGUAAGAGGGACAUGUGGCCCAACUUCUUGGAGUGCAAACAUGAGCGACACGACUGGGACAAGUGCGAGCAUGAGGAUUACGUGAUGCGCAUGAAGGAGUACGAGAGAGAGAGGCGUCUGCUGAAGAGGAAGAAGCUGAUGGAGGAGCGCCAGGCUGCGUAGUGAGUGUUUCUGGACAAGCUUGGAGUCGCUCUUCCAGCACCAGUCAGGACGUCCCGUCUGCAGGAGAGAUGGGCAAUGUUUUGUACAUAAUUCUAUCUCCUGAAAUCAAUAAAGAUGUUCUAAACCUGG